CAUCUUGAGGACACCCCAAACGCAUCGCUUGUCUGUCGGCGGGCGGUUGACAACCGUCUCCGGCUCAUCAUGAGGAAAACGUUCGCCUCCAAAUAAAACAGCACCGCGUCAGUUUCACAUCACAGACUUGCAGCGAGGACGAAGAGGAGUCGCCCGGCGACAUUUAAUCGCUGCGGGCUGUUUCUUUUUUUUUUCUUCUUCUUCUUCUCUUUUUUUUUUUUUUUUUUUUUUUUCAAACGAGGGCGGCGGCGCUGUAGCGCGAUGGCCGGCUAGCUCGCUCCUCGCUGGACUCCGCCGCGGCCUGCUCGGGAGGAGGAAGGGUGGUGACGGCGCAAAAUGCUCCGCCGUUAACUGACUCCCAAAACAACGCAGCCCUCCUCAUAUCCUAACGCGGACUCGACGAGAGUCGGACGGGCCACCACCAUGCACUUAUAGAUUCCGGUUUACACGUCGUUAACUUUGCGGGUUUCUUUUUCCCCAUUUUUUUAUUUUUUUUAUUUUAAUUUUUUUUUUUUUUUUCGGGGGUGGUUUUUCUGUCGCGUGAAGCGAACAGCCAGCCGGGAGACGGCGCCGUCAUGUCAUCCAACUCCAGCAGCGCGGCGGUCGCCGUCAGCGCCAGCAAAACCAAGACGAAAAAGAAGCAUUUUAUAGGACAGAAGGUGAAGCUGUUCCGAGCCAGCGAGCCCAUCCUCAGCGUGUUGAUGUGGGGUGUCAACCACACGAUUAAUGAGUUAAGUAAUGUGCCUAUACCUGUGAUGCUGAUGCCAGAUGACUUUAAAGCCUACAGUAAGAUCAAAGUGGACAACCACCUAUUUAACAAAGAAAACCUACCGAGUCGCUUUAAGUUUAAAGAGUACUGCCCCAUGGUGUUCAGAAACCUGAGGGAGCGCUUCGCCAUCGACGACCAGGACUACCAGAACUCUCUGACCAGGAGCGCCCCGCUCAACAGCGACUCCCAGGGCCGCUUCGGCAACCGCUUCCUGACCAGCUACGACCAUCGGUUUGUAAUCAAAACCGUGUCCAGCGAGGACAUCGCUGAGAUGCACAACAUCCUGAAGAAAUAUCACCAGUUCAUAGUGGAGUGUCAUGGCAACACGCUGCUCCCCCAGUUCCUGGGCAUGUACAGGCUGACGGUGGACGGCGUGGAGACCUACAUGGUGGUGACCCGCAACGUUUUCAGCCACCGCCUCACCGUGCACCGCAAGUACGACCUGAAGGGAUCUACAGUUGCAAGGGAAGCGAGCGACAAGGAGAAGGCUAAAGAGCUUCCUACUUUUAAAGACAAUGACUUCCUGAAUGAAGGGCAUAAGCUGCAGAUAGGAGACGAUAACAAGAAGUACUUUUUGGAGAAGCUAAAACGGGAUGUUGAGUUCUUGGCCACCCUGAAGAUCAUGGACUACAGCCUGCUGGUGGGCAUCCACGACGUGGAGCGGGCCGAGCAGGAGGAGAUGGACGUAGAAGGCGCCGGGGAGGACGAGGAGUUCGAGAACGACGAAAUGGGACGAGGCGUGCUGACCGGUUCCUUCGGCACGCCGCCGGACAGCCCGGGAAACCCUCUCAACUGCGGCGGGUUCUUCGGGCCCGGGGAGUUCGACCCCUCUGUGGACGUUUACGCAAUCAGGAGCCACGACAGUGCUGUGAGAAAGGAGGUUUACUUCAUGGCCAUCAUCGACAUCCUCACGCACUACGACGCUAAGAAAAAAGCUGCACACGCUGCCAAAACUGUGAAACAUGGGGCGGGGGCCGAGAUCUCGACGGUGAACCCGGAGCAGUACUCCAAACGGUUCUACGAGUUCAUGUCCAACAUCUUGUCAUAGACUCAUCCUCCAGUCAUAGAUCAGUCAGAUGCCACACUUUCACUUCUGUGUGUAGGUCUCUCUCCUCUUUAAAACAAACAAAAAAAAAGGAAAAAAAAAAGAAACAAGCAUCCAGUUUGAUCCCACAAGCUACGCAGUGGAUCCUUCGAGCCUGUUACGUGACGCCACCACUUCCUCACUUUGUGAAUCCGAAUCCCAGUAACCUCCUCCUCCCUUUUAUUUUUCAUUCUAAAUCCACCCCCACCCUCCCCCUUAUUUGCUCCUCACGCCAGCACGAAAACUGUCUCACUAAUGCCUUUUGAACGAGCGAGUCCGCUACAGCAGCCACCACGUCCGUCAGUAGAGUCUCCUCAGUUUCUCUUCGCGCCGUUUUCAUGAUUUCCAGACGAACGGGGGGGAAGAACGGCCAGGUUGCAUGACAAACUCCUCCGACAGCCGCCGUCAGGCUUCUCCUCAAAAGAUUUCCAUGUACCGCUGACAAAUUGGGAGAUUAACACAUGAAUAUAUCAGUGUAUAAAGUAAACGAAUGCAGUGUCAAAAAAAAAGUUAAUAAACUAAAAAAAAAAAAAUGCAUGGCUGACGUGUACACGAGACUCCAGCACCAGUUGUAACAUCACUUAACUUCACAUCAGAGUGUUAGGACUAAACAGAAAAAAAAAGGAUAAUAAUAAUAAUAAUAAAAAAGAAAAACCCACACACAACAGUUUGAAUGUUAUGUUGCCAUAACGUCUCUGGAUCUUUUUAAAAGUUUAACCCGUACGUUUGGCGGAGGGUGGGUUGGGAAUAAGGAAAAACAAACUCGCGUAAAACGACAAAAACAAAAAAAAGGGGAAAAUUCUGCAGCAAAUGUUUUAUUACCAUAUUGAUCAUUUUUAUAUCUUGUUUACAUUAAUGUAGCAAUUUUGUGUCUGUAUACAGUAUUGUUUUGUUACCGACAGACAUUAGGAAAAAAAAAAAAAGGUUACUUGAAAAAUGACUCAUUGCAUAUUAAAGGGAGUUUUAUCUUGU